ACCAGUGAACCAGUACCUUGACCGGUUCGGUCACCCGUCCAGUUCUCAAAACUAUGGUAGAAACAAUUGAAGAAGAAAAGGGGCGAAGGGUGUCCGUUGCAGCGAGUUGAAGAUGAAGCUGAAGCAGCUUGAGGGUAUUCUUGGAUCUCUUGAACAGUUCUCCAAUCCCAAGAUUGAACUCGAACAAUAUCCAACUGGACCCCACAUAGCUUCUCGGAUGUUAUACACUGCUGAAAAUUCAUUUGGUGAUGUGAGCAAUAAGGUGGUUGCUGAUUUUGGUUGUGGUUGUGGUACAUUAGGCCUUGCUGCAGCUCUCUUAGAGGCUGAACAUGUUAUUGGCCUUGACAUAGAUAGUGAGUCCCUUGAGAUUGCAGCUACGAAUGCUGAUGAGCUUGAGGUAGAUAUGCAAUUUGUUCAAUGUGAUAUCAAGAACUUACCAUGGAAAGGCCAGAUUGUAGAUACUGUUGUGAUGAAUCCUCCAUUUGGCACGCGGAAGAAAGGUGCUGACAUGGAUUUCCUUUCUGUGGCAUUGAAGGUUGCUUCCCAAGCGGUUUAUUCCUUGCACAAGACCACGACUAGAGAACACGUCAAAAGAGCUGCAUUGAGGGAUUUCAAUGCUAGCAGUGCAGAGGUUAUCUGUGAGCUUCGGUAUGACGUGCCACAACUAUAUAAAUUUCACAAGAAAAAGGAGGUAGACAUUGCCGUGGACUUGUGGCGAUUUGUACCUCAAAGACACAACAUGAGAAAUGCAAAUUGUUGAUUGUGAGAGCAUUGCAAGGCCUUACAGUUGAAACCCAUGUACGAAAUCGUGUCCCUCGACUAGGAUUCCAGAUUGGGAUUUUUUUAAACACUUCAUUGUGCAAACAAAUUGGUCUUGAAUUGUUUUGGAGAGAAAUUUGGUCAAGCAUGUCUUUUUUUUUGAGUCAACAAGGUUUGCAUAGUGUGAUAAUGCAGUUAGGUAUUUAAAAAUGGUAAGAAAUUUAAAGGACAAUG